AUGGCUUUACCCCGAGUUUAUUUCGACGUUGGCGCUGAUGGAUCAGCAUUGGGAAGAAUUGUAAUUGAGCUAAGAACAGAUGUAACUCCCAAGACUUGUGAAAAUUUCCGUGCCCUCUGCACUGGCGAGAAGGGCUUCGGUUACAAGGGAUCCACUUUCCACCGUGUGAUCCCCAACUUCAUGCUCCAAGGAGGUGACUUCACAAAUCACGAUGGUAGUGGUGGCAGGUCCAUCUACGGUAUGAAGUUUAAACACGAGAACUACGCCCUGAGGCACACUAGACCUGGAGUCGUGUCAAUGUCCAAUUUUGGUCGUAAAGCCAAUGGAUCCCAGUUCUUCAUCACCACCAUUAAGGCUUCCUGUUUUGAUGGCAGAUACGUCGCCUUUGGCUGUGUUGUUGAAGGCAUGGAUGUUAUCAAGCAGAUUGAAUCCUAUGGCUCCCGGUCUGGCAAGACCUCAAAGAAAAUCAUCAUUGGUGACUGCGGUCAACUGUCCUCUGUAACAACAUAA